CAAGUCCAAGAUUUCCUGAUUGUGUUAGUCAAAUGUGCAGUGACAUCACAUGGAUGUAAUAUAAGGCUCCCAUUGCUUGUGCCAUUCGAGGGAGGACUGAUCAUCACUAAACAACCAACAAAGAACGCUGUGUCAGUCCUAAAGGAGAGCGAUCGACUUUGCCCAGGAAUCCUAACCGAUCAAUAUGGGACAGAACCAGGAAAAAAUUGAAGGAGAACAGGAUAUUGAUGAGAACCUGGAAGAAACUAAGAUAUCUCAAGAAUUUGGUUUGAAUACUCAUUCAGGUGAGAUCACAGAGGAAGAAAGUUCAUGUGACGACGAGGAUGGGAAAAAGUCAGAUGAGCCACACUGUUAUCAUCCGAAUGAGAGGCCCAGCUAUGAACCGACAAUAACUUCCAUUGAGAGGCACGAGUGUGAGAGUCAGUACACUGCAAGGGAGGUGAGACAGGGAGGGGCUGCAGAAAAGGAGGGCGGAGGUGAACAAGGAGGAGGAGGCUGGACUGCUCCUCUGUCUCCACAUGAGACUGAAAAGAACCCAGACAGUACCUCAGGAACAGACAGGCUUAAAACAACACACAGAUUAUCUAAAAUUAACAAAAGCAAGAGGAAAACUGCAGAUCACCUUCGAGCAUCUGCGAAGAUCAGGAUGGAGCAACAGGCGGAGGAAACUUCCACACAAAAAGAUGACAAAUCAGAGGAUGCAAGCUCUUUUGGACACUCUGAGCAAGACUCUAUGAUGCUGAAGAACUGCACCUAUGGAGCUCAUACAGGAAGUGAGUCACUACUUGUUGUGGACCUGAAUGACAUUAUUAGAGCUGAAGCUGGAAAUGAGGAAAUUAAGCUCUGCACAGGAACAGUUGGCGAUUUAACUGAGAGGAAGGAACCGCCUCCAGCUCAGCCCCCACAUCCUUUGGAAAACACUAUCCAGAAAGAGUCUUUAUUGUACAUGAGCGAUACCAUUCAAAGGGUAACCCCAAAGGAGAAAACAGACAUCAGUGAAAAAGAAGUAACACUAAAAUAUGUUUUGGGUGACUGCUCUUUAGCUAGGCCAAAGGUAACUAAUGUGUGUGACCAGGAGACAGAGAUGCAGCCUUCACUCCCUGACACAGCUGAAACUAAUGAUGCAAUAACAUCAGAGUCAGCACCAACUUCAGCCUUGGAUACUGAGCCAAGCUCUAUUCUAGAGAAGCUCCUGAAGAGAAACAAAACAGAGGCAACUCCAUCUCUGGAUAAAAUAAAAGAGGUUUAUACCGACACAACCGAUGAGGAGAAGAUCCUUAAUUCCACAUCAGCAGCAGCAGCAUUAACCACCUGGAACAAUCAGCCUAAAGGUGACACAAAAAUGACUCCUAAGCAAACAACCUGAUCCAAAUCCUGCAUUAAAAGAUUCCCAC